AUCGUUUGAGUGGGGAAGAAGGGCCGAACUCAUGAGACCACUGUCCUUCGAGAACUUGAGGAGGCUCGUCGGCCGCAAGAAGGACCGUAACGAGCCAUCCUUCAAGCGCAGCGAGUCCUUCAAAAGGAUAUCGAUAAGAAAAAGUUAUCUGGAUCGGGGCAAGCGGCGUAACAAGCUUCAGAAGAGCUUGGAGCCGACCGUUGCGCCCUCCGUUGACGCGAAAUUGGACGAAAAAUGUAUCGAGAAGCAGACGAUAAUAAACGAACCGAAACCGAAGAAACUUCAGGACGAUACUUUGAGUCGCGAGUCGAUCAGUUACGACGAGUGGCUGCAAGGUGUCAGCUCGUCCUCGCGCGAGAAAUUGGACGAGGCGCAUCGAGAACAACAACAGAGCAACAAGCAAAAUAAACAACACGUUUCAGGAAAGAACAACGUUUCGAAGUUUCAAAAACAGAUCGAGGCUGAUCACGUGGCUGAAGAUUUGAAAGUUCUCGAUUUGGAUGCAUCGCCGGUACUAGCUUCGAAACCUUUCAGAAUAUCGAACGAGACGAUUCAAGAGAAAAACAAUCAUCAAGAUAUCCUGCAGGUUCAGGAACCAUUUAUCGAAGGACCUCCUAGCGUCAGUAUUAAUCUUGGCAGAAUAUGGAGAGAUGCGGUACCUAUGCCGUUCCCUUCAUCCUCGGGGCCAUCUAUACACCACUCGUUGGAUAGCGCGCUCAAAGAGAGGAAAUCUCAGCCUACCGUGGCGCGGACAGUUUCCGCGCCGGAGAAAAGUGUCACCGGGAAAGAUAUCACAUCUGCAUUCGGUUUCUCCUUGAGAAUCGCCAAGUUGGCCGAUUUUCGUGCAGGGGGUACGAGAAAUGGUUUCUUCAACCGAAGAACGAAGAAACCAUCGCCCAGCGUGAGCGCGGAGGGCUACUUCAAGCGAACGAACGCCUCGAGGCGAUCCAGUUCUCGACGCCGUGGAAAGCGAACGUCUCAGAGGGUAAAGAAAUCCCAACCUCAACCUCAACCCGUGGCGCGUUCGAACAGUCCGGUAUGGUUCGUGCCGCCGGAACGACGUAGAUCGAAACGUCAAAGGCGAGUCUGGCGGGAGAUCAGAUACUUUCCCGAGGCUGAAAUUCCUGUAAUCGAGAGAAUCGACGAUUAUUCGUCGAAUUUGUCGGACGAUCAAUUCGACGACCUGAAGUUGUUGCUUUCGGGGGAUUUUAACGACAGGCGAGAAGGAGGUUUGAACUCGUUGGUCUCGUCCUCGUUAGGUUCCUUCUCCGCGACAUCCUCCUCGUCGUCGGCUUGUCGGGCACCAAAGAUUAGCGAUUUUAACGAAGACAAACUAUUCUCCGAGGAGCUACGAACUAGCGGGGUCUUAGCGCGAAGAACGAUAUGGCGACCCAUGACUUCGAAUUACUUUGCCAGCAACCAGUUUCUCAGCUUUCUAUCGAAGGGCUCGAGCAAUCUCAUUGGCAAAGAGAAGACGAGAAUAGAUUCAUCGUUGUACUACAGAUGUCUCUCGUCUACCGACAGCGAAACCGAGGACGAAACGACCAAUCAUCAUCUCGAACGAAGGAAGAGCACUCGCGCGAUGCAUAGACAGCAACACUUAAAGAGGCAAAGGUCGGGGCUUAGGAGAAGACCUCUCAGGCGAAAAUCUCAACUUCGAAAAGCUUCCGGCCAGCCAGUCUUUCUCGUGCGAAAAUGUUCGUCCUUGAGGAAAAGACCCAGGGAUAUUACGCAAAAGGGCUAUGAGAAGAAACGGACACGUCUAUUACAACAGUAUGCCUCAAAGCAACUGGGGGCUGGAAAGGAUGGAGGAGGUGUCGGCGUCCUCGGUAUCGGAGGGGUCGAGAGAACAGGUUAUGGAAGCGGUGGUGGUGGUGUUGGUGGUGGGGGCGUCGGCGUCGGCGUUGGCGUCGGCGUCGGGGUCGGUAUCGGUGUCGGUGGCCGACCACAGCCACGUGCACGCCGCACGCAGCGCCGUGUCACUCACAACGAGAAGCGCUAUCAUUCAGGAGGCCGGCUAGUACCUGGAGGAAUCGCCAGUCCCCCGGGAUCUGGCGGCUCCACCGGAAACACCGGGAAUUCGAACUCGGCGGCUGCGAGACGCGGCAAUCGCAGACUCACGCGCAAUGAGAGCCGCUAUCAUUCCGAGGUGCGCCAGGAGGCGGUGCAACAAGCUUUGGCAGCAAUGCAGGGUCGUCCGAAACCAUCUUUACCGAUGCCAUCGAAAAGAACCUCCGUGAUGGCCAGAAGUCCCGACAGAGAGCGCCGCGAUAGUGGAGAAUCGAGUAGCGACGAAGACAGCGUUGUUACCGAAGAAAGUCCUGGUGCUGGUGGUCCAACGGGCACAGGACUGUCGGAUACCAGCAGCACCGGUUCGGCGCGAGACACGCCUCCGCCUCCGAGACCACCGGCUAGGAGACCUCCUGGUGCGGACAUUACCGACAUCGCGGAAUACACGCCCCACGCGUACUGCAACAUCCAGCCCCCGGACGUGACGCACACAAGCAACACACCGGCCGCUCAACAGUCGGCCAGGCGACCGGGCGCCGACCGUGUCAAUCGUUACCAUGUGGUCGAGGAUCAGAACAACACCGGGACUACCGGCCGUUGGAAAGUGUCAGCGAAAAUUCAACAAUUGCUCAAUACAUUGAAACGGCCGAAACGUCGCCCAUUGCCCGAAUUCUACGAGGACGACGACAUCGAGCUCGAAAUCGCGGCCAAUCCCAAAGACCCGAACGCCCCGAAACCCGAGGGCGGUUCUAUGACCUCCGCGGUCGGUGAACCAGUAUCGGUCGCCGCGGGCCUGCCGAGGUCACUCGAGGUCGCCAUACAGAGGUAUGGUUCAGCAUCAUACAAAGCACCAGUGGCGACCGUUCUUGAUCCAAAUGGCAAGCUUUGCGUAACAUUGACCUAUGGAAAACUUCUAAGUCGUUCUCACAAGAUAGCCUACACACUAUUAAACAAGGCUCUAAGUCGUGGCGGUGAUUGUUGUUUAAAACCUGGGGAUCGAAUUGCCUUGGUUUAUCCAAACAACGAUCCGAUAAGCUUCAUGUGCGCCUUCUAUGGUUGCCUUCAAGCUGGUAUUGUACCUGUGCCCAUCGAAGUUCCUUUAACUCGUCGAGACGCAGGUUCCCAGCAAAUCGGUUUCCUCUUGGGCAGCUGUGGAAUUCAGGUGGCAUUAACCAGCGAAGCUUGUCUGAAAGGUCUGCCAAAGACGGCUGCAGGCGAGGUAGUAGCAUUCAAAGGUUGGCCAAAGCUCCAUUGGUUUGUCACAGAGCAUUUGGGCAAAACGCCGAAGGAUUGGCUACCGCCACCUCGGUUAACCGACGACACACCGGCGUAUAUAGAGUAUACCACGGACAAAGAUGGGUCGGUGAUGGGUGUGACAGUGACAAGAUCGGCGAUGCUGGCACAUUGUCGAGCUCUGACGCAAGCCUGUGGCUAUACGGAAGGAGAGAACGCCGUGUGCGUUUUGGACUUCAAACGGGAGGUUGGUCUGUGGCAUAGCACCCUCACCAGCGUUCUGAACGGGAUGCACGUGAUUUUUAUCCCGUACGCUCUGAUGAAAGUAAAUCCUGCGAGUUGGAUGCAAAUGAUCACCAAGCAUCGUGCUAGCGUAGCUGUGGUCAAGUCUCGAGACCUUCACUGGGGCCUCUUGGCUACUAAAGAUCAUAAGGAUAUCUCGUUGUCAUCACUGAGGCUGUUGCUGGUUGCCGAUGGUGCUAAUCCCUGGUCUCUUUCCUCGUGUGACCAAUUUCUCUCAGUUUUCCAGUCCAAAGGCUUGCGACCAGAUGCUGUCUGCCCGUGUGCAUCCUCCAGCGAGGCUCUAACGGUGUCCGUCAGGAGACCAGGCCGAGCUGGAGUAAACGCUACUGGACGUGGUGUCCUCUCUAUGUCUGGGUUGAGUUACGGUGUUGUUAGAGUAGAUCAAGAGAAUUCUCUUACCUCUUUGACUCUUCAAGAUUGCGGCCAAGUCAUGCCCGGAAGUAUCGUAGUGGUAAUCAAAAUGGAAGGACAGCCAUUCAUCUGCAAAACGGACGAAGUAGGCGAGAUAUGCGUGCAUAGUUCAGCGACUGGAAACCAAUAUUGGGGAUUACAAGGAUUGACGAAUAACACGUUCAAAGUUUCCCCACUUCAAGCCGAUGGAAGUCCGCUUGGCGAUGUGGAAUAUACUCGUUCUGGUUUAUUGGGUUUCCUGGGCCCUGGUGGUCUUGUGUUCGUUUGCGGAUCGCGCGAUGGUCUUAUGACUGUCACCGGAAGGAAGCAUAACGCCGACGAUAUUAUCGCUACAGUGUUGGCCGUCGAACCCAUGAAAUUUAUUUAUCGCGGGAGAAUAGCAGUUUUCAGUGUACGUGUCCUGAGAGAUGAACGAAUAUGCGUCGUUGCGGAACAACGACCCGAUUGCAGCGAAGAGGAAAGUUUCCAAUGGAUGUCUCGUGUCCUCCAAGCGGUAGAUUCCAUUCACGCGGUUGGAAUAUAUUGUUUGGCAUUGGUCCCGCCAAAUUACCUCCCGAAAACGCCGCUAGGCGGCAUUCAUCUGUCGGAAACGAAACGACGUUUCUUAGAGGGUACCCUACAUCCGGCUAAUGUUCUUCUUUGUCCGCACACUUGCGUUACGAAUCUACCGAAACCACGCGAAGUCCAUUCAGCGGGGGAUUCUGUUGCAGACGUUGGUCCGGCCAGUGUCAUGGUGGGCAACAUUGUUCAGGGUAAUAGACUGGCAUCGGCUCAAGGACGAGAUAUGGGUGUCUUAGAUGAGGACAGUGAUAAUGCUAAAAAGUAUCAAUUCAUUUCGGAAAUACUGCGAUGGCGUGCUGUCAGUACUUCUGAUCAUGUAAUCUUCACGUCAUUAAAUGCAAAAGGAGCUGUAGCAACUUCUUUAUCGUGCUCGCAAUUGCACAAAAAAGCUGAACGAAUCGGAAAUUUGUUGUUGGAUCGUGGAAGAAUCAAUACAGGAGACCACGUAGCAUUAAUAUUUCCUCCUGGUACAGACUUGAUAUGCGCAUUUUAUGGUUGCCUUUAUGUUGGCGCCGUGCCAGUUACAAUUAGGCCACCUCAUCCACAAAACCUCCAAACUACUUUACCAACUGUUCGUAUGAUUGUGGAUGUCAGUAAGUCUGUGCUCGUGCUCACGAAUCAAAAUAUCCUGAAACUAUUGAAAACAAAGGAAGCGAACAAUGUUGUUGACAUUAAGAGUUGGCCAACAAUCCUCGAUAUGGACGACAUGCCAAAGAAGAAGUUACCUGUCAUGUAUCGAGCGCCCACGGCAGAGAUGCUGGCUUACUUAGAUUUCAGCGUCUCUACAACAGGAAUGCUUGCAGGAAUUAAAAUGUCUCAUGCAGCAGUGACGUCUCUUUGUCGUGCCAUGAAACUUGCCUGUGAAUUGUAUCCAUCCAGGCAUAUCGCUCUGUGUUUAGAUCCUUAUUCUGGAUUAGGAUUCGCCCUUUGGUGUUUGAGUAGUAUAUAUAGCGGUCAUCAUUCCAUACUUAUACCACCGUCUGAGGUUGAAGUUAAUCCAGCCUUAUGGUUAUCAGCAGUUAGUCAAUCCAGAGUAAGAGACACGUUUUGUUCUUACGGUGUAAUGGAGUUGUGUACCAAGGGUCUCGGUUCUUCUGUUCAUGCUCUAAAAGCAAGAGGCGUUAGUUUGGCCUGCGUCAGAACGUGUGUUGUCGUAGCUGAAGAAAGACCUCGAAUCGCACUUACUACGAGCUUCAGUAAACUUUUCUCUGCUCUUGGUUUAAGUCCACGUGCUGUCUCGACUUCUUUCGGGUGUAGAGUAAACACAGCUAUUUGCUUACAGGGUGCAUCGAGUCCAGAACCUUCUACAGUAUACGUUGAUCUCCGCGCAUUGCGCAAUGACCGAGUAUCUCUAGUUGAAAGAGGUAGUCCACAUUCUUUAUGCCUGAUGGAAUCGGGUAAAUUGUUACCUGGAGUGAAGGUGAUUAUUGCCAAUCCAGAAACGAAAGGACAAUGCGGAGAUUCUCAUUUAGGAGAAAUUUGGGUGCAAUCUGCUCAUAAUGCCAGUGGCUAUUUCACGAUAUAUGGUGACGAGAGCGAUUACGCUGAUCACUUCAAUGCCCGUCUCGUAACUGGGAAUACAAAUGAAGUUUACGCCAGAACUGGUUAUCUUGGUUUCUUAAGACGUACCGAAAGCGUUCAGCAAUCGGUUAUCAGUGAUAUUCCUGGUGAUACUUCUGCCGAAGCGGAUCUUGUUCCUGGCGAUUCUGAAUUACAUGAUGCUGUGUUCGUAGUUGGUGCCCUCGAUGAGGCCAUUCUACUCAGAGGAAUGCGAUAUCACCCGAUUGACAUUGAGAAUAGCGUGAUGAGAUGUCAUAAGAAAAUAGCAGAAUGUGCCGUAUUUACAUGGACCAACCUCCUAGUAGUAGUGGUGGAACUUGACGGAAGUGAAAGCGAAGCUUUAGAUCUCGUGGCAUUGGUUACCAGCGCUGUUCUAGAAGAACAUCAUCUGGUAGUCGGUGUAGUGGUCGUGGUGGAUCCUGGAGUAGUUCCAAUAAAUUCGCGUGGUGAAAAGCAACGAAUGCACUUGCGUGAUGGUUUUCUAGCGGACCAACUCGAUCCAAUCUAUGUGGCAUAUAAUAUGUGAGGAGAAAACGCAGAAAAUGCAUUAUCUACUGAACAAAAAAAGACUGGUAUCGUAGUUUCCAGUCAUGUUUUUACUCCCAUGUCGACACGUAGAUACUCCCGAUUCGAAAUCAUAAACUGCAUUUCAAAUUUUUAUUCUCUCUCAUGGAAGUCGACUUUCCUAUGGAGAAACUGGAAUAUAUUACAAGGACUCAACGUAUUUUUAAAGCGAACGUCGUCCCUAAACAAUUUAUAUUCUUCUUUUGUAAGAAGAACGCGUAUAUUUAAAUUUUUUAUCUCGUUAAUAUGUUAAAGAAGAGUAAGAAAGUUUGUAAUACUUCGAAAUUUUCAACACUCGGUUAUCACCAAUCCUUAUCAUUAGUAACAGAAAGUAUUUCUUUCUGUUAUAUUAGAAAUAAUCAUCAUUAUAUGAACAACUAUUAGAUACAUAAUUUUAUAUAUAAUUGAGAAACAGGGACGAUAUAAAAAACCGCUUUAUAUAUUCUGACAAACAAUUUAUUCAUAAAAAGUCACCAAUGAGGAAUUCUACUUCAAAUAACGAUAAUCUUGAGACGACAUUCGAAGCAUUAUUAAAAGACUUAAAAGAGUAACGAGAUUUACAUAAUUGCACAUACAAUAUUAACGAUUCUAAA